ACAGCUCCACCGGGUCGGUCACGCAUGACGCAGACCCAAUAUGGACAGUCCAAGUCCAAUAGCACCACCUCCACGCGGAAACCCCAGCCAGGACAGCAACCCAUUCGCAAUCCCCACCUCUAUAUAAGCGGCCCCGUCGAUCCACACCAAACCCUAGUCGCAGCUCUUCCGUCUCCUCCCGCCGCCGCCGCAGCCGCCGCCUGCCUCGAGCCGCCGUCGCCAUGGGGAGAAGACCUGCGAGGUGCUAUCGGCAGAUCAAGAACAAGCCGUACCCCAAGUCAAGGUACUGCCGUGGUGUGCCUGACCCUAAGAUCAGGAUCUAUGAUGUUGGCAUGAAGAAGAAGGGUGUCGAUGAGUUCUCUCACUGUGUUCACCUUGUCUCAUGGGAGAAGGAGAAUGUGUCCAGUGAGGCUCUUGAGGCUGCCCGUAUUGCUUGCAACAAGUACAUGACCAAGCAUGCAGGAAAGGAUGCCUUCCACCUCAGGGUCAGGGUUCACCCGUUCCAUGUGCUCCGUAUCAACAAGAUGCUUUCGUGCGCCGGGGCUGAUAGGCUCCAGACUGGUAUGAGGGGUGCUUUUGGGAAGCCGCAGGGAGUCUGUGCCCGUGUUGCCAUUGGGCAGGUCCUCCUUUCUGUGCGGUGCAAGCCCAACAAUGCCAUCCAUGCCACUGAGGCCCUUCGUCGUGCCAAGUUCAAGUUCCCUGGCCGCCAAAAGAUCAUUGAGAGCAGGAAGUGGGGCUUCACCAAGUUCAACCGCAAUGACUACCUCAAGUUCAAGAGUGAGGGCAGGAUCUUGCCUGAUGGAGUCAACGCGAAGCUGCUCGGAUGCCAUGGCCGCCUGGCGAACCGUGCCCCUGGACAAGCUUUCCUGUCUGCCGCAUAAUCUAGCAGAAGUCUCCGUUCUAUCGCAACUUAUUUUACCGUGUGGAACUUAGAUUCCAAGUGCCUGUGGUGCUAUGUUAUUUUGUCUGAAUGUUGUGUCGAACCUUGUUAUGGAAGAUAUUAUCUAUUUUGUGAUGAUGGUACUAAUAUGAAUGGCCUGUUGAAUCA